AUGAUCAAGGAUAUUUAAAUCAACAUUUUCCAACUGAUUACUUUAAUUCACCAGAAUAUAAUUCUAAUAAUUAUUUUCCACACAAUUCGAUGCAAUAUGAAGGUCAAUAUCCAUUUGAAUCAUAUAAUUAUAAUCAAACUCUACCACCCAUGAUAUCACAAGGAGCUCUCGAUUAUGCGUUACAUGGUUCCGAUGCUCAAUUUCAACAAGAUUAUAUUCACCCAUAUUAUACAAAUACUUAUCUUUAG